AUGAGUUCGUCUGCCUUUGAAGAGAAUCAACAACUGUUUGAGCCCGCUUCGUCUGAAGAGCCAAACUGCACAAGAAUCAUGCAAGACCAUGUUCUGGAUAACUCUGUUUCUCAUCAUGUAGAUGGUUCUUGCACUGACUGUAUUCUAGUCUGUCUGGAUGGUUCGACUUCUGCAGAAACUGCCUUUGACUGGACUUGUCACAACCUCACUUCAUCAAUCCCUGAAACAAACAGUUCUUGUAAUGCUAUCGUAUUACUCAAUGUGGUCUCUUCUAAAGAACUUUAUCUCUUUUGGAAAUCCAGAUCCUCCAUGUGGAUGGAUGCGGAUCAAAGUGAACCUCGCAGUUCAAUUGGUCGUCGCAUGGCUCAUUCUAUCGAAUCAGAAUAUAGGAGCAAGAUGGAACCUUCUUCUGCUGACUUGAAACUUGCAUUGGACCAACUGACUUCGGUGAUCUUGGAUCGGUUUGUGCUUCGAGCAGAGUCCUUUGAUAAAUCUCGAAACUGUCGGCUGAGAGUUCAUGUUGUUCUCUCCAACUCUCCAAAAGAUGCCAUCUGUUCAACUGCCGCCAGUAUCCAUCCUCGCUGCGUGGUCAUGGGUCGCAGAGGAACUAGUACCAUCAAGUCAUUGCUUAUGGGAUCUACUGCUACAUACGUGCUUCGACACUGCUCAUUUCCUGUCGUGGUUGUCCCAGUUUAA